GUUUCAGCGCUCUUUUGUUUGGCGGAGGCGGAUCGAACGCGAGAGGCCCUUUUCCCAGCCGUUCCUCCUCUUACUUCAGAAGCGGGGACCUGCUCUUUCGUCCACUGCAGCCGAGGCUCCUCCGCUUCUCCGUGCUUCUUUUUAUCUUUACAUUUCCACUUGUGGGGUCUUGGCGAGGCUAACCAAGGUAUGCAGAUCCAAAGAGUUAAACAGACACUCUCAGUGAUGCUGAUAAGAGCAGUAUCUGCAACCCUGCUCAAUUGUUUCAGGAGCCCUUCAUUGAACACUCAAUCAUUUUGCUGCUCCUGAUAGUAAGUACUUGCUCCUGGGAUUUCAGUACUAAUUCAUGUUCACAAGCCUCCUUUAAACCGCAAAGCUGGCGAGCACAAUGGGAAAAAAGCAAAACAAGAAGAAAGUGGAGGAGGUCUUGGAAGAGGAAGAAGAGGAAUAUGUGGUGGAGAAAGUUCUUGACAGGCGGGUAGUGAAAGGCAAAGUGGAAUACCUGCUUAAGUGGAAAGGCUUUUCAGAUGAAGAUAAUACAUGGGAGCCAGAGGAGAAUCUCGAUUGCCCUGACCUAAUUGCAGAGUUCCUGCAAUCCCAGAAAACAGCACAUGAAAGUGAGAAGUUGGAGGGAAGCAAGCGCAAGGCUGACUCCGACUCUGAGGAUAGGGGGGAAGAAAGUAGACCAAAGAAAAAAAGAGAAGAGGCUGAAAAGCCUCGAGGGUUUGCAAGAGGGUUUGAGCCAGAACGGAUUAUUGGUGCCACAGAUUCCAGUGGGGAGCUCAUGUUCCUAAUGAAAUGGAAAAACUCUGAUGAAGCUGAUCUGGUUCCUGCUAAGGAAGCUAACAUCAAGUGUCCACAGGUGGUCAUCUCAUUUUAUGAAGAAAGGCUUACGUGGCACUCUUAUCCCUCGGAGGAUGAUGAUAAGAAGGAUGACAAGAAUUAAGUUGCUUGACCUUCUGUCCUCAUCCCUACUUUGGCUGACUUUUGUAUUAAAAGAACAGACUGGGUUUGAACAUGAGGGAGAAGUGAAGAGACUCUUGGCUGAGGAGGAUGCCCUCUGUAGAAACAGGACAAGAUCUCUGCUUCAGUGUGCAUGUGCAUAUUCAUAAUCUGUCACCUUGAUUGGUGGAAUGAAGGCCACCAACAGAAACAGCAAGUGCAGGUGCUUGUUCUGUAAAGAUUACCUGAAAUUUGCAACAUUUCUCCCAAAUAGUAUUAACAGCGUUUUUAUAGUUUA